AUGGUGAACUUGAAUCUCGAACAUCAUCAAUACCGAAAGAUCGAAUCAAUUAUCAACAUCUGGGUGUCUGGUAUAUUGUAUUUGAUUGAACUAUUCUACAAUUCGGAUAGAGGCGAAGAGGAUCGGCCGUUACCUGUAGAGAGGUCACAGGGUAGUGUCUCAGCCCUCGUCGCUCGAUUCCAGACAGCUGCCAACCGCGAUGCCGAAGCUACGGCUCGGGAAAACCGUCGAGCAAGCUUACAGCCUGGAACCGCCACAGGAACAUUAAGUAACUCACGUAGGAUAUCUUCAUCGGGAUUAUGGUCAGCUUCACCUAGUCCCAGUCCGGGCACCACACCCAGAUUAGGUGAUAGUACAACCUUGCCUAGCGUAGAGGGUAUAAAUUCUGCUUCUGUUCAGAAUAAAUCGGAUGGUACUGAGGACAUCCUGAAAGAUGAUACUUCAACAACCUUGGAGAGUAAGAUAGAUAAGUUAGAUAUCAAGGAGCAAGCUACACCGGAGAAACAGGAAGCCCAACCGACUGUUGCCCCUGUAGAGAUCAAGGAAAUCGAUUAUACCAAUACCGGUAGCAGUCCGUCUAGACCCCCUAAAUCGCCUAAACGACUAUCUACAACCGGGGAAAAUGUCAAUGGGAUGACUGCUUUACCUGUACCUGCAACACCUGAAGAACCGAAGGAACCCAGUGAGCCGAAGAAAGAAAAUGUGGAAGAAUCCGAUAAGAGUGUAAACAUGAAUGCCAUCCCGGCUAGGGAGAAAGAGAUCGACAAGGUCUCAAAACCCAUUCCAUCAACUUCCAAACCCCCCAUCACUUCUACACCUAUCAAGAAUUCUUCAUCUUCCUCCAUCCAAUCUUCCGCCAAAAAGAUGUCUUCGUCUCCCUCGACCACUACCAAACCACCUCUUCCUACGUCCUCCACUACUAAACCGAGAUCGCGUCUUUCCAUCACUCCUCCUUCAAGUACCACCCCUCCAGCCAGAGCACGAACUUCUCUAGGCCACCAAUCCACCCCCAGCUCAACCAGUAAACGUCCAUUAUCCACUGCCACCCCGCCGGUGGGACGUACCCCCAAAUCACUUGUGCCAUCGCAUACUGGCCCAACCCACCGUACUCCCUCCUUGGAUAAUCAAGGCCACACUUUGCCCAGUCCCUUGAAACCACACUUGACUGGAACACCUUCAAAACCUACUGCAUCGAGUCUAGCCAAAGCUAGGAUCCCCUCUGGACCGGUAUUCACCCCUGGAGCAACUAGGGGUAAGAGGGAAUCGUUAAGUCUUGGUAGAUCCCGUGGGAGGAAUAGUAUAGGAGAAGAAAAAGGAAGGAGUAGUCCAGCUUCGGGCGAAUCGAAAGAUACAUCCACACCGUCUAAAACUUCUAGUACUAGCCAAGGGACCGGAAGUAGACUGUUACAAGGUACUGCUGCUUCCAGAGCUAGAUCAGCAGGUGUACAACAUCAUGAAUCGCCUUCCAAAUCCACAUCCACACCGAUGAAAACCUCUAAGCCUAAGACCACCUCAACGAAGUCGACUGGAAGACCUUCGACAUCUUCCACUAGAACAGGAGCUACUUCAUCCAGAGCUAAAACACCAGCUUCUUCUACAUCCACGUCAAGAGUCCGCGUACGACCGCAGUCCCACACUUCUGGCGGUACGAAUGACACGCCCUCGAAAAGUACAAAUACCCAUGAAGCUAAAACUCCAGCUGUAGGUAAAUCACCUAUUGGAAGACUUGGAUUGGCAGCUGCUGGGAUGAAGAGGCCUGAGGGACCGAUGAGUGAGGUGGGACGGAAAGGGAGAGAGGAAGGGAAGGGAGGUAGGAUCGAUUCGAAUAAUCCGGGUCAGGAAGAGAACGAUUAUGACAACCAUGAGCCAGAGAAGCAGGAGAAGGCAGCGGAAGAGGAAUUGCGAGAAUUGACUGAGAGUGUGUUGAAGUCAGGACCUGAAGAUGAUGGAGCAGAAGGAGAAGAAGCAAGUGGAGAGAAAGCACAUCGGGAUCCGGUAGAUAGGCCGAGAACGCCCUCACCGACGCGAGAACUAGACAAGGAAAUUGGAGCAACUCCAGCAAAGGUACCAGACAAUUUGAGAAAGUUAGAUGAAGGUAUCAACAAAGAGAAGGAGAAUGGCGGUCAGGAUUUUAAUGUAGAAGUUGGUGAUGAGAGCUUGGCGGAGAUACCUGAUAUUGAAUAA